AUGGGGGGACUAGGCAAGUCCACCCUUGCUCAGCUUGUAUACAAUGACAAAAAGGUCCAAAAGCAUUUUGACCUUGUAGCAUGGGUUUGUGUUUCAGAGGAAUUUGAUGUGUUUAAAUUAACGAAAACAAUUCUGGAAUCAGUGGUGGCUUCUUGGACGACAUGUAACAUUCAAGAUCUAAAUCAGCUUCAACUUAAACUAAAGGAGAAAUUGAUGGGAAAGAAAUUCCUAUUGAUCUUGGAUGAUGUUUGGAAUAGGAGUUACACUGAAUGUGAGAUAUUAAGUAACUCCUUUAAAUCUGGGGCACAAGGAAGUAGGAUCAUCAUAACAACGCGCGAUGUUGAAGUUGCAUCAGCCAUGCGUGCUUUUGAAAUCCAUCAUCUAAAGGAGUUACAAGACGAGGAUUGUUGGAAACUAUUUGCGAGACAUGCAUUUCUGCAUGAUGCUAACUCCUAUAUGCAUUCAAAGUUUGAAGAGUUAGGUCGACAAAUUGUUAAAAAAUGUAAAGGGCUACCUUUAGCAAUAAAAACAAUUGGGGCCCUACUGCGAUCCAAAGUUGAUGUUAGUGACUGGGAUAAGGUUUUGAAUAGUGAGAUUUGGAGUUUGUCAAAUGAAAUUCUUCCUGCUCUAAGAUUAAGCUAUAAACACCUUCCCUCAUAUAUAAAACUGUGUUUUGCUUACUGUUCGAUAUUUCCAAAAGACCAUCCCUUCAAGAAAGAUGAAUUAGUUUUAUUAUGGAUGGCAGAAGGUCUUCUCCACGAAAUUGAAAACAAAACAAUGGAAGAAGUUGGUAAUGAUUACUUUGUCACUCUUGUAUCAAGAUCAUUAUUUCAGAAGUCGAGUGAAGAUGAACUAUGCUUUGUGAUGCAUGAUCUCAUCAACGACUUGGCAAAAUUUGUGUCUGGUGAAUUUACAUUUAGGUUGGAGGUUGAUAGCCGUUCUCAGCUAAAUAUUAACAAGACUCGUCAUGUGUCGUGUGCUAAAGUUUCUUAUGAGAACUUUAAGAAGUUCGAGGGUCUUCAAGAAGCUACGCAAUUGCGUACAUUUUUGGCAUUAGAAUCGUCAAGAGCUUGUUACUACGCAACUAAAAAUUGUUGCUUAUAUGAUUGUCGAGAUCUUGAAACAUUGCCAAGAGACAUGCAAAAACUAGUUAAUUUACGCCAUCUUGAUUUGACUGGAACUCGCUUCAUAAUCGAGAUGCCGAUACAUAUGGGCAAACUAAAAUUUCUCCAGACAUUAACCAAGUUUGUCGUUAGCAAACGCACUGGAUGUAGCAUUAGAGAAUUGGGAGAGCUUGAAAAUCUUCGAGGAGCAUUUUCUAUCUUGUAUCUUGAAAAUGUCGAAUCUUUCAAAGAUGCAGAAGGUGCAUGCUUGAGGAAUAAAAUGGAUCUUAAAGAGUUGGCAUUAAACUGGAAAAAAGGUUCAACUAUUGAGAUUUCAGAAAGUCAAAGAGAUGUACUCAACGCACUUGGGCACCUACCCUCUUUACAAAACCUCUCUAUUGUUGGUUUUGAUGGAAUUGUAGCAGUGGGUGAAGAGUUUUACGGAAGUACUGGUUCUUCUUCUAUUAAGCCGUUUGGGGCAUUAAAAGUUUUGAGAUUUGGGCAGAUGUUGAAUUGGGAGAAAUGGAUUUCCUUUGGUGCUGAAAAUAUAGGAGCUUUCCAUCGUCUCGAGAAGCUUUCUAUUUGGGGAUGCUCAAAGCUAACGGGAGAUUUGCCCAUUCACCUUCAUUCUUUGGGUUUCCUUGAGAUUAUAGAUUGUCCCAAUAUGCUGGCUUCACUCCCAAGGACUUCGGCUAUAUGUCAAUUGAAGCUAACAAAUUGUGGGGAGGAUAUAUUAAGGGAACUGCCAAUUCAUGUUACAAAGAAGGUCGUAAUUGGAGGAUUUGAUGCAGUGGAUAUGGGUGACUUUUUCUCACAUAUGUCUCUUCCAGUAGGUGGUCUACCAUCUACAUUAAAAACUCUUGAAAUAAACUAUUGCAAGAAGUUGGGGCUCCCAAAAAACUUGGACUAUUCAUGCCUUGAUGUGUUGAACUUGAUCAGUUGUGAUUCUCCCCGGUCCUUUCCAAUGGAUUUAUUCCCAAAUGUUAAGGAUCUGAAAAUCGGAAUUUGUGGGAAUCUAGAAUAUCUUACAGUUGCAGAACAAGUACAUCAACAUGAUUUAGUGGCCUUGUCGUCUCUAAUUAUCGAAGAGUGUCCUAAUUUUGUGUCAUUUCCGAGAGGAGGAUUGCACACCACCAACCUUGGGAGCUUACGGAUCAGUAAUUGUGAGAGCUUGAGAUCGCUACCUGACAAGAUGCACAUGCUCCUUCCAUCUCUUACUGAAUUUUCUAUACGAGAGUGUACAAAUAUUGAGACGUUUCCAGAAGGGGGCUUGCCUUCCAGUCUGAAUGAACUUUAUAUUAGGUAUUGUGAGAAACUCGUUGAUAGUCAGAUGGGGUGGAGUUUGCAAAAUCUUGCCUCUCUUACAGAUUUGGAAAUUAUAGGCGGAUCGAAAUUAGAUGUGGUGUCUUUUCCAGAGAUCGGAUGGCUUCCCACAAAUUUGACGACUCUUAAAAUUUCUGAAUUCCCAAAUUUGACAUUGUUCAACAAGAAUGGAUUUGAGAACAUCACCUCUCUAAAACGUUUGUCAAUCGACUACUGUCCAAAGCUAGAGAGCAUGCCAGAAGAGGUGCUUCAAUGCCUCUCCUCACUUAAAAUUUUGUCUAUCUGGAACUGUCCAAAUCUGGAGUACCGCAUGUUAGAAGAGGAGCUUCAACACCUCACUUCCCUUUCUGUUCUAGAGAUCAAAAAUUGUCCUUUAUUAACGAAGAGAAGGUGGUGGGAAAGAAGAAAAGGAAAAGAAUGGCGGCGCAAGCUUGCUCACAUCCCCAUCAAAUUAGUUGACCGGGAAUUGAUUGACUGA